AUGGGUGCGUACAAGUACGUUUCGGAGCUAUGGAGGAAGAAGCAGUCCGAUGUGAUGAGGUUUCUGCAGAGGGUUAGGUGUUGGGAGUACAGACAGCAACCUUCGAUUGUCCGUCUCGUCAGGCCUACUCGUCCUGACAAGGCUCGUCGUUUGGGUUACAAGGCCAAGCAGGGCUUUGUUGUGUACCGUGUCCGUGUGAGACGUGGUGGACGCAAGAGACCAGUGCCAAAGGGUAUUGUGUAUGGUAAGCCCACAAACCAGGGAGUAACCCAACUCAAGUUCCAGCGUAGCAAGCGAUCUGUUGCUGAAGAGCGUGCUGGACGCAAAUUGGGUGGUCUCAGAGUCGUGAACUCUUACUGGCUCAACGAGGAUUCGACGUACAAGUACUACGAGAUCAUUCUUGUUGACCCAGCUCACAAUGCUGUCCGUAAUGACCCGAGAAUCAACUGGAUCUGCAACCCGGUGCACAAACACCGUGAGCUCAGAGGACUUACCUCAGAAGGAAAGAAGAACAGAGGUCUGCGUGGAAAGGGUCACAACAACCACAAGAACCGUCCGUCUCGCAGGGCUACAUGGAAGAAGAACAACUCUGUGUCCCUUCGUCGUUACCGUUGA